AUGCCGCUAGUUUUUACUGAUUAUGUUAACAAGAAAUCUAUUGUAACUUUUUUUCUUAUCCCCUUCCAAAACACAGCCCUGGAUUUGAUAAAAAAUGUGGAAGUGCAAGCAAUCAUAGGGCCAACAACAUCAAUGCAAGCCAAUUUUGUUAUUGACCUUGGAGAAAAAGCUCAGGUGCCCAUAAUAUCAUUUUCUGCAUCAAGUCCGUCUCUUACUUCAAUCAGGAGUCCAUAUUUUUUUCGGGCUACACAAAAUGACUCAACUCAAGUGAAUGCCAUAGCUGCAUUAGUUCAAGCCUUUGGAUGGAGAGCAGCAGUACCCAUCUACAUCGACAAUGAAUAUGGAGAGGGAAUCAUACCGUAUUUGACUGAUGCUUUGCAAGCAGUUGAUGCUCGUGUCCCCUAUCAGAGUGUCAUUUCUCUAUCAGCCACUGAUGAUCAAAUUGUCGAGGAGCUUUACAAGCUGAUGACAAUGCAAACUAGAGUUUUCAUUGUGCACAUGUAUCGCUCUCUUGGCACUCGGCUUUUUGCCAAAGCAAAAGAGAUUGGAAUGAUGAGUGAAGGCUAUGUUUGGAUCGUGACUGAUGGUCUGACAGCUGAUUUGUUGAGUUCACCUAAUCAUUCUGUCACUGAUACAAUGCAAGGGGUAUUGGGGGUUAAACCUUAUGUGUCAAGAACAAAAGAGCUCGAAAAUUUUCGAGUUCGUUGGAAAAGGAAAUUUCAGCAAGAUAAUCCAGAUAAUGUUGAUGCUGACUUGAACAUUUAUGGACUAUGGGCCUAUGAUGCUGCGACGGCGUUGGCCUUGGCAGUUGAGAAAGCUGGAACUACAAACUUUGGCUUCCAAAAGGCAAAUGUUUCUAGCAAUUCAUCAACGGAUCUUGCAAAUCUUGGCAUCUCUCUAAAUGGUCCAAACAUUAUUCAAGCAUUAACAAACACUAGUUUCAAAGGUCUUGCAGGAUAUUUGGUUUUUGUUAAUGAGCAGUUGCAACCAUCAGCUUUCCAGAUAGUUAAUGUGAAUGGCGAUGGAGGAAGAGGGGUUGGAUUUUGGACACCAACAAAAGGACUUGUGAAAAAAUUGAAUUCAACAGCAAAUACAAGAGUGAAUUCGUUUUCUAUUCACAGUUUUUCAACUGUAAUAUGGCCAGGUGAUAACACUGCUGUUCCCAAGGGUUGGGAGAUUCCCUCAAAUGGGAAGAAGUUGAAAAUAGGAGUGCCAGUAAAGGAUGGCUUCAGUCAGUUUGUGUCAGUGACAAGAGAUCCCAGCACUAACACCACGACAGUAAAGGGAUUUAGCAUAGAUGUUUUUGAAGCUGUAGUGGGGUCAUUGCCUUAUGCCCUGCCUUAUGAGUUCAUCCCCUUUGCCAACCCUGAUGGCGGACCUGCUGGAAAUUAUGACAGCCUGAUCUAUCAAGUUUACUUACAGAAUUAUGAUGCUGUGGUGGGGGAUACAACUAUUGUCUUCAACAGGUCCUUGUACGUCGAUUUUACCUUCCCUUACACGGAAAGUGGUGUCUCCAUGAUUGUUCCUUUUGUAGACAACAAUAACAAAAAUGCAUGGGUUUUCUUGAGGCCUUUGACAUGGGACCUUUGGUUCACAAGUUUUUGUUUCUUUAUUUUCAUUGGAUUUGUUGUCUGGGUUCUGGAACAUAGAAUAAAUGAAGAUUUUCGAGGCCCUCCUUCACAUCAUGUUGGCACUAGCUUCUGGUUUUCCUUCUCAACUAUGGUUUUUGUUCAGCGGGAGAGAGUGGUUAGCAACCUGUCUAGAGUAGUGGUUAUCAUAUGGUGUUUUGUUGUGCUGAUUUUAACACAGAGUUAUACAGCCAGUUUAACAAGCCUACUUACGGUCCAGAAGUUACAGCCUAAAGUAACUGAUGUAAAUGAGCUCAUUAAGAAGGGGGAGUAUGUGGGAUACCAGGAAGGUUCUUUUGUUCCGGGAAUCUUGUUAGGGUUGGGUUUUGACAAGUCGAAGCUUUUGAUGUACAAUUCAACUGAAGAAUGCGAAGAACUUUUCUCCAAAGGAAGUGGAAAUGGCGGUAUUGCAGCUGCUUUUGAUGAAGUGCCAUAUAUGGAGCUCUUUUUGUCAAAGUAUUGCUCUAAAUAUACCAUGAUUGAUCCUACAUUUAAAACGGCUGGUUUUGCCUUUGCCUUCCCUAAAGGUUCUGCUCUAGUACCUGAAGUAUCAAGGGCAAUUCUAAACGUUACCGAAGGAGAUAGAAUGAAGGAAAUCGAGGACGCAUGGUUUGGGAAACAAAGCACUUGUCCAGUUUCCAGCACCUCAAUUUCGUCAAAUAGCCUUAGCCUCAAGAGUUUCUGGGGAUUAUUUUUAAUUGUCGGAAUAGCUUCACUUUCAUCUCUCCUAAUCUUCAUAGUUGAGUUUGUUUAUCGGGAAAGGAGAGUCUUGAUGCCUUCUGAUUCCAGAGCUUCAAUAUGGAGUAGACUACAAAACUUGUUUGUAAUUUUCAAUCAAAGGGACCAAACAUCUCAUACAUUCAGAGAAAAUGAACUGAAAGACAGAAGUGGCAUUAAUCUGCCUAGUAUGGGUGAGCAAACUCCAACGGCCUGUUCAGUUCACACAGAAUUUCCUGGAGAGUGUGAUUCAAGUCCAAAUAGGCAAGCACCUGAAGAGUUGGUAAUAAAUAUUGAUCAGCUUAACAGCGCUAAUCAAGAGAGGCCAACAGCUUUAAGAGUAGACCAUGAAAGUAAUUGA